AUGUCUGACAGGAAGGCAACAUUUAAAGUCACAACGCAUAGGAGGGUUGCCUUGCUUGCUCCCAAUGUAGCUCCCAGGGUUUGUAAAACUGUAAAGGCAAAUAGCUGUUUGGUUAGUUUGCUUGUUUCUCUGAACUCAGAGGAGAGAUUCUCAGGGCUCUCGUGUUGGAAGCACUUUGGAUUCUCCCUUGUAUACAACACCCCUCCAUCCCUCCCCACACCAGCUGCUGCCACUGUCUCUAAGCUACACUCUGCCCCAGGCAGCACUGCUGAGGGACCCAGGGAGGCAGCCCUCUCUCGCUGA